AACAUCGAUUCCCCCCAUCCGCGUGCUUUCAUUCGCGUUUUCUCAAAAUUCUCGACGUACACCGACGCGCGUCCCGCCCCAUUCCGGACCCGGAGAGAAAAAUUCCAGCGCCCACAUGACGACCGCGAUCCAAUAGACGCGUACGAAAAAUUUCAAUCGUGUAAAAGCUCGGCAAAGAGCUCGGCGGUGUAAUUCAAAUUCUUAUAACCUUCGCGAGAGACAGCGUCAUCGUCGUCAUCGUCAUUUCAACCGGUCAAUCAGGUUAGGAUCGACCUGAAGGGCACCGCCGUCGUCGUGUUCGGCAGUGCGACCGAUCGUUUCACCAUAUCAGCGUCGAAAAAAUUACCACCGGCCAUCCCGCGAGCGACGAGCUACAUGAGCCGAGUAGAGAACGAUUGGCGCAGGUGAGAUCGGGCCUCGUCGGCCGAGCGAGGAGGAGCCGUCGUCGUCAUCAUGGAGAUCGACGAGGUCAGCGGCGGCAGCAACGCCAGCAGCGUGGAUAACAACAACAAUAACAACACCUCGACGGCUGCUCAACAACGGAGUAACAGCGGGGCUCCCACCACUAGCAGCAUCCUCGCCUCGGCCUCGGCCGGCUUGGUCGAGGCCAGCGGCUCGGACGCCGACAAGUGCGGCCUGCUGCUGCCCAACAUCGAUCUCGACGCGCCCCUCUCCGACCAGCUGAGCAGCAGCGAUCGCUGCAUGAGCGUCCAGACGAUGCAGUCGCUCUACGACAUGCAGCAGAACAAUCUGCUCUGCGACGCGGUGCUCAGGCUCGAGGACGGCGGCGUCUUUCCGAUACACAGGGCGAUCCUCUCGGCCUGCAGCACCUACUUCAGGACCCUGUUCACGACGAGCCUGAACUCGAAGGAGAAGACGGACUUUCUCAUCCCCAACGUGAACAGCAAAAUCAUGGAGCUGCUGCUGGAGUACGCGUACCUGCGCGACCUCGACAUCAAGCAGGACAACGUCUGCCAGCUGCUCACGACGGCCGACUACCUCGGCAUCUUCGGCGUGCUCGAGCUCUGCUGCAACUACCUCAAGCUCAAUCUGUCGCCGGAGAACUGCAUCGGGGUCAUGCUGUUCGCCCGCGAGUAUCUCUGCACUAAUCUGGAGAAGACGGCGCGUCGCUACAUCCUGCGCAACUUCGUUCAGGUGUCGGAGCGCAACAACGACAUCGUCAUGCUGCCCAUCGACGAGCUGACGGUCCUCAUCGGCGAGGACGAGCUCAACGUGAAGAACGAGGAGACGGCCUGGGAGCUGGUGCUGCGCUGGAUCAAUCACGACGCCGACAAUCGCAAGUGCCACAUCGUCGAGCUGAUGCGCAACAUCAGGCUGGGCCUGCUCGACACGCAGUUCUUCCUCGAGAACGUCAAGGACCAUCCGUACGUGGCCGGCAACGAGGCAUGCCGGCCCAUCAUCAUCGAGACGCUCAAGUUCCUCUACGACCUCGAGAUGAUCACGCAGAAGGACGGCGAGGUGCCGACCCCGGAGAUCGCCCGGCCCCGAGUCCCCCACGAGAUCCUCUUCACGAUCGGCGGCUGGGUGGACAGCGACGCGACCAACAUCAUCGAGACGUACGACACGAGGGCCGACCGCUGGGUCAAGGUGCCGGAGGUCGAUCCGGACGGUCCGAGGGCCUAUCACGGCGCGGCCGUCCUCGGCUACAACAUCUACGUGAUCGGUGGCUACGACGGCGCCUCCUGCUUCAGCAGCUGUCGCUGCUUCAACGCCGUCACCAAGACUUGGCGCGAGGUCGCUCCCAUGAACGCCAGGAGGGCGUACGUGUCCGUGGCCGUGGUCGAGGACAUAAUCUACGCGAUGGGCGGCUUCGACGGCAACUAUCGGCAGAAGACGGCCGAGCGCUACGACUACCGGCGCAACCAGUGGUCCCUGAUCGCCUCGAUGAACGUGCAGCGCAGCGACGCCUCCGCGACCAGCCUCAACGGCAAGAUCUACGUGACCGGGGGCUUCAACGGCCGCGAGUGCCUCAAGUCCGCGGAGGUCUACGACCCGGCCUGCAACCAGUGGACCAUGAUCACGCCGAUGCGCUCGCGUCGCUCGGGCGUCUCCUGCAUCGCCUAUCACGGCCACGUCUACGCGAUCGGCGGCUUCAACGGCAUCUCGCGCAUGUACUGCGGCGAGCGCUACAAUCCGGCCAGCAACAGCUGGAGCCGCAUACCCGACAUGUACAAUCCGCGCAGCAACUUCGCCAUCGAGAUAAUCGACGACAUGAUCUUCGUCAUAGGCGGCUACAACGGCGCCUGCACGACCUACUUCGUCGAGUGCUACGACGAGAAGACCAACGAGUGGUACGAGGCUACCGACAUCAACAUGCGACGCUCGGCGCUGUCGGCCAGCAUAAUCACUGUGCUGCCCAACGUCUACGACUACAUUCACAAGCACCGGGAGCACCUGAUGGAGGAGAAGCGACAGAAACUCCUGGCUCUCGAGUCUCAGAGAAAGCAGCAGCAGCAACAGCAGCAGCAGCAGCAGCAGCAGCAACAGCAGCAUCAGCAGCAGAUGUCGAGCGGCAGCAAUCGCGCUGCAUACCAGUUCAAUUCGUCCCAGAGAAGAUGACGUCGCGACUUUUUUAUUGUACACGAAGAAGGACAAACGCGCGCACUUUCGACACAGCCAAAUUUGCAGCCGUGAGAGUGUACUCCUCGACUCGUGCUCGUACACCUUAUUUCCUAUCCGAUUUACGAUUCACUCGGUUGUCUUUUUACAA